ACGAAACAUGCAUCCUCGUCCUCACAUUCACCGUCUCCCUCCUCCUUCCCGCGAACCGACGACAAUAGUGCCCUCGACGGCGAGCCGGUAGCCACACCGUCCUUCCUCCAGCCUCGCGUGGCCGCCGUCCUCGGCGUCUCCAGACACUGGCAUCCAAUAUUAUUCUCUCUACGCUUGCUGUCCAUCCUGCCAGCCAUCGGCUUCGGCUUCCCGCUUACGAUCCGCUUCUUGCUCAUGCUGCAUACGUUUGCGACGACGGCGACGGGGGAUGGACAGGCUGGGAUUUUCGGGGAAGACAGUGGCGGCGUGGGCGAGGAGAGGUUGCUCAUCAACUACACCCCCUCCGCAACCGCCUUCCGCCUCGUCUCCAUAUCUGCCCUCAACGGUUACCUGCAGUCAUGGACUCUCCAUCUGAGCGGCAGCUCGCAGGACCCUUUUCUCCUCCUUCCUACCUGGAUCACAAUUACCAGUACUCUUACUCUAGUAUACCAUAUCACAUACCGCAAAAUCAACAUCCGCAAAGAGACGUCCACCUCCAUCAGUGUCUUCUCUAUGGCAAGCUAUAUUAGCAUGGUGGCUCUUCUCAUACAGCAGCAUUGGGAUAGGACCGACUGGCUCGAACUGCCAUUCGUUGCGCUGGGUUGUCGGGUUCUCAGGGGUGGCGGAGAGGUGGUGGUCUGGGUG